ACGUCUCAUUAUAUCGGUUCUUUAUAUGGAAAGAAGCGCCGCCAGGAGAGUCGUUCUCCCACCACGUCUCGUCGUUCAUGAAUCAACCGCGUCCCCGGUCUAUUAGGCACGAUGACUCCCCGUGCGUAAAAUGCCGCGCUUAGUGCGUCCUGGCGCGGACGAUUCCUUGGAAAAUGUGCGGUGUCAGUCGCGCUGCCUUCACGCCCCGCCGCUGUGGAUCGGUGCUGAGCAGGAGUGGCAUCUCGGCGACAAAAUCUGGAUGAAAGAGCGUCCUUUAGAGCUCAGGCAUGCAUCGAGUAGUGAGAUCAUUGGCGUUAUAAAUAUCCCCGUGCCAGCAGAACAACUCCAGCUCCUGCAGCCGGGGUAAUGCCCAGGAGCGCUGCUGCACGCGUGUGUGCGCACUGGCUUUCUGGUGGCCAGACCUCAGGAGCGACGCCAAAAUGCUAGAAGUGGCCUAGCGAGUGUCUCCUCUUUGGAAGAAUGAAUGUUCCUCUUUACCUUCUGACCGUCGCUCACUUGAUUUGCGCCGCCGCCGCCGCCGCCGGAGCACAGCACGUCUCUUUGGAGCGCCAACUUCUGGAGGAGGAGAUCAGAUCGGGACGCAGGACUUGCAGGCUCUACUGUAGGGUUGGCAUCGGCUUCCAUCUCCAGAUUCAUCCCGACGGCAGAGUCAACGGCAGCCAUGAGCCCAACCAGCUGAGUGUCCUGGAGCUCUUUGCGGUUUCUCAGGGGGUCAUCGGCAUCAAAGGGGUCUACAGUAACAGAUUCCUGGCCAUGAAUAAAAGAGGACGGCUACAUGCCACUGAAAGGUUCACCGACGACUGUAAGUUCAGGGAGCGUUUCCAGGAGAACAGUUACAACACUUACGCCUCAAUAAUCCACAGGAACCACAGGACUGGUCGCGAGUGGUUCGUGGCCCUCAAUAAGAGAGGGAAAGCCAAAAUGGGCUCCAGCCCGCGGGUCAAAUCGCAACACGUGUCCACCCACUUCUUACCCAGGGUCAGCCUGCACGAGACGAGCGAGCGAGGCUUCACCAUCACAGACAGGAGCAAAGAGAGGAGGAAAGCCUCGCCGGUGCCUCCACCAAAACCUGCUCUGGUGAAGGCCAACGUCCAUGCAGGUACAGCGCCGAGACGUACGCAAGUCAAGUACUGGCCAAAGUACCGGUUUGGGUAGCUGUCAGAGGGUUUGGCUCUAUCCGGGGGACAGAAGGUUCAUAGACAUUGGACAAACGUAUAAAUGAUGAACAUGUUCAAAAAACAAAGACAAUGGUACAUUCAAAGCAUUCCAGGUAUCUAUGAAGUGUUUGGAAACCUCAAAGGGCUGCCAGGUACAACUGUGGAGCUUCUCUUUCCUGAAGCUAUGAUCAUAGUUGGGAUUCGUCUUUCCACUUUCGUUUUGUGGUGCUCUGUCCCGUUUUAUGUUAUCACUGUGUACAUGGUGAACUUUAGCAGUGCUCCAGCUGGAAAAAUGUUUGCUUUUUUCAGAUCAGAUGCUGUUGAAGCUGAAAUCCAUAACUUAUUCUUGAUAUGAUUUUAUAUUACAUGUCAAAGACAAUGUUUUUCUGUCUUGCUAGAAGACUGAAAGUGUGCUUUAACAGACUGUGCCAUCCUCUCCCACUGUCUGAUAGCUGGUGAGGGACUGAGAGAACAAUCAUAUACAGUAUUUGUAUAAGGGAUUUAUUUUUGUUA